UGCUCAUACCUCUGAAGUUGGCCUUCAAGGGUCACCAACCGCUGUGAGAAGGGGAACAAAACGGUUACGUCUAUAGCAAAUGAACAUAAUCACCAUUGAAUUUGCCUACCAAGAGGAAGAACUAAAGACACCAAGCACAACUCUACUUGCAAUGAAGUCGACGUAUCUUCUCAUCUUGGCUUCUCUCACGGUGGGUAACUUUACGGGUUCCAGAGGGCAGGGUAUGCCAGACGAUGGGACGGUGGACCACAAGACCAUAGACGACAUUAUUCUACAGAGAGCAGAGACUAUUUUGUUGCGCUCCAUGGAAAAGAUACAAGAGCAAGGAGAAACAAAUGAAGGGCUUUACUCUCAGUCAGACUGGGUCACAAAGCGGCAACAUCCCGGCAAGAGACUGAACGAGGACCUGGAGAAACGGCAGCAUCCAGGGCGAAGGGAGGAGGAGGACGACGACGGGGAGGCAGACUACGAGGCUGUUCAGAAGAGACAGCACCCGGGAAAACGCGACGACGACCUAGACUCCUUUAUAGAGUUCCAGAAAAGACAGCACCCGGGAAAACGCGCGAUACUUGGACAGAUUGCGGACAGCCCCGUGCUCCUGAGUGAACUUUCUAAAAGACAGCACCCGGGAAAACGCUUCCUCGCGUUUUUCAGCAAACGGCAGCACCCAGGUAAGCGUGACCCUGGCUUUGACGUGGAGCACGAGGAAAACGCGGCCCUCCAGCAAUUCGACAAGCGUCAGCAUCCCGGGAAACGUUUUUGGGAAAACCCGAGCCCGGAUUCGGGCUCCACCAGACCCUGUGACGUGUUGGACCCAUCCUCAGGCUGCAGCCAGACCAGCCUGUUGCUCGACCUCAUAGACAACGUGACCAAGAGUCGCGUGGAGGAAAAGAGACAACACCCGGGUAAAAGACUCGCCCCCCCAGAGGAGGAUUUGGUAGAAAAGUGA